CAAACACACACACACAUUUAAUCAGAAAUCCAGCAAGGUCCAACAAGAAGAAAAAACACAAUCAAAAUUCCUUAUAAAUUAAUCAAAACACUAGCUAGACAGUAGACACAAUACAAAUCAAACUAAUGUCGACUUCUAAGACCAUAACCUUCACUCUCUUCAUAGCAGCACUACUCUCGUCCUGCGACGCAGCCACAAACGCUACAUCGCAACCACUAUUUCCAGCGAUUCUUAUCUUUGGCGAUUCAACAGUUGACACAGGUAACAACAACUACCACUCACAAACAAUCUUCAAAGCCAAACAUCUUCCUUACGGAAUCGAUCUCCCAAACCACAAAGCUAGUGGAAGAUUUACAAAUGGCAAAAUCUUUUCCGACAUAAUCGCAACAAAACUCAACAUCAAACAGUUUGUUCCUCCCUUCUUACAACCAAAUCUCUCUGACCAAGAGAUUGUAACCGGAGUCUGUUUUGCAUCAGCCGGUGCGGGUUACGAUGACCAUACCAGUCUCUCUACGCAAGCGAUUCGUGUCUUGGACCAACAAAAGAUGUUCAAGAAUUACAUUGCUCGUCUUAAAAGUAUCGUAGGAGACAAGAAAGCUAUGGAAAUCAUAAAAAAUGCUUUGGUGGUUAUAAGUGCAGGGCCUAACGAUUUUAUCUUGAACUAUUACGAUAUUCCUUCAAGGCGUCUUGAGUUUCCUCACAUUUCUGGUUACCAAGACUUUGUUCUUCAAAGGCUUGACAAUUUCGUGCGGGAGCUUUACAGUUUAGGUUGCCGGAAAAUUAUGGUAGGAGGUUUACCGCCGAUGGGUUGUUUACCGAUUCAAAUGACUGCUAAAUUCCGAAACGCUCUAAGGUUCUGCUUGGAACAAGAGAACCGAGACUCUGUCUUAUACAAUCAGAAACUUCAGAAUCUAUUACCUCAAAUCGAAGCAUCGCUUACAGGAAGCAAGAUCCUUUACUCCAAUGUCUAUGACCCUAUGAUGGACAUGAUGCAAAACCCUAGCAAAUACGGUAUAGAUGAUACAAUCUCUUUCUUGUUUGGCAAGGUAUCCUAUGAGAUAAAUAUUGACCAGUGAUUAUAUAUGUUCAUUGAUGUGGAAACUAAAACAGGAUUUAAAGAGACGAAGAGAGGAUGUUGUGGAACAGGGCAUUUGGAGACGAGCUUCAUGUGUAAUGCUUUUUCUCCAACGUGUAGAAAUCACUCGGAGUUUUUGUUCUUUGACUCGAUUCAUCCAUCCGAAGCUACUUAUAAUUAUAUGGGCAAUUUUCUAGAUACUCAGAUCCGCGUGUGGCUUAGCUUGAGGCUUAAGUCAUAAUUAUAUUGGCAAUUUUCUGGAUCUCAAGUACUAUACUAAAUCAGUUCGCUUUCACUUGUUGACAAAACGAAAGAAAAUAUUAGUUAAUUAAGUUAAAUUUUUUUUUAAAACCCCUCGUAUAGAUCAAAUAAAAUAAGUUAU